UUGACAGCGUUGUCCAACAAAACAUUGAAGAUGCCACGUGAAAUCAAAGACAUCAAAGAUUUCUUGUUGAAGGCCCGCAGGAAAGAUGCAAAAUCUGUCAAGAUAAAGAAAAACACAGAAAAUGUUAAGUUCAAAGUGCGCUGCUCACGCUUCCUUUAUACCCUUGUGAUCACUGACAAGGAGAAGGCAGAGAAACUUAAACAGAGUUUACCGCCAGGUCUGCAGGUGAAAGAAGUUAAGUGA